AUGGCGGCAGGUAAGGAUGAGUUGAUCGACUUCUCGAUCUUGGAGAACUCCAAGGAGAAUAUUCAAUCGCUCCCCGGCGGCCGCAGCGCAAAGCAACUGGCAGCGAUGCUGUCGCCUAAGCCGUUGAACGAUGGCUCAGCCAUGCCGACGCUCGAAGAGACGAAAACCCUCAACGAUGCGAUCCGACAAGAGUAUGAGAUUGAGCUUCAGUCAAUAAGCGACGCAGACGAUCCACUCGACAUAUAUGACCGGUAUGUCAAGUGGACUCUGAAUGCAUAUCCCUCGGCACAGGCGACGCCUCAAUCACAGCUCCUGCCUCUGCUUGAGCGUGCAACCAAAGCCUUCCUCACCUCAUCUCAUUAUAAGAACGACCCUCGAUAUCUGAAGCUGUGGCUGCACUACAUCAGGUUCUUCUCUGAUACACCGAGGGAGACAUUCGCCUUCCUUGCGCGCCAUAGUAUCGGCGACACUCUGGGCCUCUUCUACGAGGAAUUUGCCGCAUGGUUAGAGGGCGCUGGCCGUUGGAACCAGGCGGACGAGGUAUACCAGCUCGGUAUCGAGCGCGAAGCCAGACCGGCCGAACGGCUUAUGAAGAAGUACCAGCAGUUUCAGGCUAGGUUUGAUGCUCGACCACAAAAUGCCGAUGAGCCAUCGUCGCCCGCACUGCCCAAGGUUCGCGCGGCACUGGCUACCAAGAUCGACCCCUUUGCGCCCUCACCAGCGGAGGACCCGCAAGCUGCCGCUCGGCAAGCCGCUACUCGACCCACGACGUCGAGGUCGGGCAAGCCAAAGAUGGCCAUCUUCUCCGAUGGUGACGAUGCACCGGUGCCAGCACAGUCUGCUACCCAGGGCUGGGAUAGCAUCGGUUCAAUGAAGGAGCGAAGGAAGGAAAACACCAUUGAGGCCAAGCCUUGGACUGGAGAGAAGUUGAAAGCCGGUGCAAAGGUCGGGACGGGCUCAAAGAUGGAGAUCUUCCGUGAUCCGUCAUUACGAAAUAACGAAUCGAAAAAGCCUCCGCCGUCCAAAAUCCCUGAUGUUGUCAAUCCCCGGACUGGGCGAGUGGAGCGCGUUGCUGUUGAUAUCGAAUCUAUAUAUCCCAAGUUUCCCAACGAAAAUAUCGAGUUUUGCUUCGAAGAGCUGAGAGCUGCCAGACGAGGCUGGACGGAUCGAGACUGGCGGCGGAAGCCCCAGAGUCCCAUGCGUCCUGUGACUGGCAACGAGCAACGUGCGGCCAAGACAAGGAAGAUUGACAGCUCCGAGGUCGAGAACAUAACCCAGGGUCUUAAGGAGUCCUCGAUAGUUGAUACCUCGACUCAGUCGAUGGUUGGCAUGCCGGAAGGAAAGUCGGGCAAGCCACGGAAGAAGGUUCGUGAAGUCAAGGAAGAGACCAAGACAGUCAAGUUGAGACUCGAGUCGCCUACCGGAGCGAAGAUCAAGAGGAAGGGUUCGUCCGAGCCCACCAUGACCUUCAACAGCAAGGCUGCACACAACGAUAUCUAUGAUAUGUUCAACCAACCUCUUCGGAAACCCGACCGGGACGACACCCAGAGUGGAGACGAGACUGAUUACGGAGACGACACCUACAGUGAAGCUGAAAGCACCGGAACCGGAAGAAUAUCUGCCGCCACUAGUGAGUUCGGCGACGACACUUUGGCUCGCGUUGCUGGGGGAGACGCAGUGGUCGAUUACACACAAGGCUCCCAGCCCACUAGUGUGUCGCCUUGGUCCGAUUUUACCGCCAGCAAGCACGUCCCAAAGUUUGACCUCAAGAAGUCCAUUCAUCGCAAACACUCGUUGAGCGAGGAUCUUACUGAGAAUCUCGAUUCCACACAAGAGCAGACGCAAACAUCUGGUAUUAGUUCGUUUGACACCCAAGCGAUCGCAGCAAUUGCAAACCAAGACUUCAACGACAUGAAGACCCAAGACAUUGCUCGCCUUGCGGGUGAAUUCUCGGACGGUGAAGAUAGCGACCACCAGAAUGAAGAGAUUACGAAUGAAGUUGUCGAAUCCGAAUCCGCCAGCUUAAAGGCGUCCACCGAGCCCGAUUCACCGCAGCAAGUCGAAGUCAAUCACCCUACUCGCUUCAUCCCAUUGCCACCCGAGGACUAUCAGUCCACUCCCGCCCACACAUAUCGCAGCGCCGACGAUGUCGCCCAGAACCGACUCCCCUUCAUGACUCCGAUUGCUGAAGCAACGGAAAGCUCCAUCGGUAGCACAAUCUUCAAGAAUAAGAUCGAAGAUGAUCGCUCCGAGAGCCCUAGCCGUAUCGGCAGCAAGAGCAUUGUCUACGACUCUCCUUCCAAGCUGAAGCUUGAGAAUCUCAUGAUGAGCAGCCCUCAGCAGGGCACUCCUGAGCAGAGCCCGAAGAAAGAGUCCCCUCCCAAGCGUCGUCUCAUCGACACCAUUGAAGAAGAAGAGCUGCUCACCGGCUCCCCUCGCAAGCUCAAGGUCGACCACAAGGCGUCGCUCGGCAGAGCUCUCGCCCUCCAUACAGAAUCAGGCACCCGAACUUUGGAGUCCGCCAAGUCUUCUGUCUCCAAGGCUGCGGCCCCUGAGCCCAAGAUCCCCGAUUCUCCAAUCAUCACGAUGUCGGAAUGCCUCCCCAUGACGUCGGGAAUCCGUACUACUAUCAUGGAACGCCUCGAGGUUCGUUUGACCGAAUAUGAAGGCUAUCACGAGGACCAGGGUAAGAUCUGCGACAAAUGGGAUGCAUUGAGGAAGAUUCCCAACAAGAACUCCACCGGGUCGCCCAAGAAGAAGAAAUCGUCUGAAGUCGAGCUCGACUUUGAGAAUUCCUCCAGAGUCUACGCUGUCAAGCGGUUGCUCGGCAGAGGCGCCUUCGCCAGCGCCUUCCUCGUCAAAUCCACGGACCGAGAUGCAGCAGUGGCUACCCCUGCUGGCACGCCAUCGACGUCUCCCCGCAAGUCGAUUGCAGCUCUCUCCCGUUCUGUCUCGCCAGUCGAGGAAAUCACUGGUCGCGCCGACUACGAGUGCAUCAAGAUGGAAUCUGAGCCUGAGAGCCGAACCAUGCCCUGGGAAUUCCAUGUUAUUCGAUUGGUCGCAUCUCGCAUCACCGCAGCUGGCAACCCUCGCGUCUUGCAGUCUCUUGUCUGUGCACACGAGUGCCACAUCUUCCCCGAUGAAGCGUACCUGGUUCUCAGCUACUCUCCACAGGGCAACAUGAUCGAGCUUGUCAACACUUUCCGCGCCUCGACCGAGAAUACCAGCAACCUGACGGGAUUGGAGGAGUCCGUCGUAGCCUUCUUUGCCAUCGAGGCGCUGCGCACUAUGGAGGCUCUGCAUGCCGUCGGGGUCUUGCACGGCGACAUCAAGGCCGACAACUGCAUGGUUCGCUUCGAUCCGAAAGUCGAGGUCGUCGGGCCCUACAACAAGGACGGCGCCAACGGCUGGGCCUCCAAAGGUCUGAAGUUCAUCGACUUCGGCCGCUCCGUCGACACCAAGUGCUUCUCGCCCGACACCAAGUUCAAGGCCGACUGGACGGGCUCCCCUCAGGACUGCCCCCAGAUCCGCCACAACAAGCCCUUCAAGUGGGCCAUUGACUGGUACGGCACCGCCGGCAUGCUCAACGUCCUCCUGGUCGGCAACCACCUCGAGUACUACUCCAACGUCCUCGCCGACGGCUCCGUCGAGCACAUGCCCAAGGAGAAGCCCAAGCGCUGGUUCGACCGCCCCCUGUGGGCCGAGGUCUUCCAGGUCCUGCUCAACAAGGGCGACUGUCCCGACGACGACGUCCGUGUCGCCGAGCUGGCUCGUGUGCGUGCUCUGCUGGAGGACUGGCUCGAGAAGGAGGGAGAGUCCGAGAAGCACGACUUGCGCGGCAAGUUGCGUGCUGCCGAGGCGUUGGUCGCUGCGCGCAAGGAGUGA